CGACGACCAAUAUGCCGGUACAUCCAGAAGUUUUGUGGGCUCAGCGCAGCUCGGAGAUCGAUGAAAAGAAAAACGUGCUCUAUGCCACCAUAAACCUGGCCGAUAUCAAGCCCGAGACACUCGAGUACAACCUCACGCCAACGUCGAUAUCUUUUAAGGCGCGGGCCGGAAAUGCUGACAAGGGCAUUGAGGAGAAGGACUACGAGUUCAACUUCGACCUCUAUGCCGAAGUCGUCCCUGAAGAGUCGGGCAAAAGCCUGUCCAGUCGUGCCUUUGCAAUUGUAUUGCGCAAGAAGGAGAAAAAAGCCGAGUUCUGGCCGCGUCUGACGAAGGAGAAGAUCAGGACGCCAUUCAUCAAGACCGACUUCAGUAAAUGGGUGGAUGAGGACGAGCAGGACGGUGAGGCGCCCGCAGCCGAGGAUGACUUUGACAUGGGCGGCAUGGGCGGUAUGGGAGGUAUGCCAGGCAUGGGCGGUAUGGGUGGCAUGCCUGGAAUGGGUGGCAUGGGUGGCAUGGGUGGAAUGGGUGGCAUGGGCGGCAUGGACUUCGAACAGAUGAUGAAGUCCAUGGGCGGCGACGCUGCGGCCGGCCUGGGUGGCGACGGUCCUGGUCUGUCAGGUGCAGGGCACGAGUCCGACGAUUCUGACGAUGAAGGCCCACCGCCACUCGAGGAGGCAGAGGCCCCCAAGGCAUGAGUGGCGCAUUCGCUAGAGGGACUCGUGAAGAUCGGAGAUGCUUGGGACUAUGUAGUAGUCGACAUGAGUCGGGCUUUGAUACGCCCAAUGUGUAUCUAUGUAAAUGCCGGUGAUCUUUUCA